UGUAGGCUACAGAAGCGUAGUAGCGCAGUCGCAGUCGGCGCGCAAGUCGUUCGAAGAGAGGAAAUUCGCGCACUGCUGGACUCUCCCUUGGAUUUUUCUUGUGGAUACAAAAUUAUAACGCCGUAUAAAAGUAUAAAGAGGGAAUAAAAAUGGCGACGCUGGGACCGGACUCUCGUCCCAAUUCCCAGCUCGCCUCUGGUUCAGUCCAAACUAGCAGCAGUUUGGGCUCCCACAGCAAUAUGCCCCUUAACCGGGGUCUUGAACGCGCUUUGGAAGAAGCGGCGAACUCCGGGAUUUUGAACCUCAGCGCUAGAAAAUUAAAAGAAUUUCCAGUAACUGCUCCGAAGCACGAUCUGUCGGAUACAGUAGAUGCAGACCUGUCCAGGAACCGCCUGACAGACAUUCCAUCUGAGGUGUGUCAUUUUGUUGCCCUGGAAAACCUGAGCCUCUAUCACAACUGCAUCAGAACCAUCCCCGACAUCAUCAUCAACCUCCAGUCGCUCACCUCCUUAGACCUCAGCCGGAACCAGAUCUCGGCUCUGCCUGCCUGCCUGUGUGAACUUCCACUGCGCGUCCUCAACGCCAGCAACAACAAGCUGGGAGCUCUUCCCGAAGCCAUAGGCCAGCUCAGGGACCUGAUGGAGCUGGAUGUUAGCUGUAACGAGAUCACCGCCCUGCCCAGACACAUCAGGAGGCUUCGGGCCCUGAGGGAGCUCAAUGUGAGGAGGAACUUCCUGUGCACACUUCCGGAAGACCUGGCGGAGCUGCCCCUGGUGAAGCUGGAUGUCUCCUGCAACAAGGUCACCAGCGUGCCCCUCUGCUACAGGAAGAUGAAGCAGCUACAGUCCCUGCAGCUGGACAAUAACCCCCUGCAUAGCCCACCUGCACAGAUCUGCAUGAAGGGAAAAGUGCACAUAUUUAAGUACCUGAGCAUGGAGGCGUGUCGGGGUGACAAGAUUGCCGAUUCUCUCUACCUCCCCGUCAUGGAGGGCCUGUCUCACCCCUCCUCUGGCAGCACUGAGGACAUAGAGCAAAUUAAGAAACAGGACACAGACUCUGGGGUCGGCAGUGACAAUGGAGACAAGAGGCUGUCAACCACUGAGCCCUCGGAUGAGGACAGCCUGAGUCUGAGCAUGCCCAUGUCUCACAUCACCGAGGAGCGGGACCUGUGCAAGGAAGACUCCAGCGACCACAUCAGCGCUCUCACAGCCCUCCCAGUGGACCCCCAGCCAAGCUCUGUGCAGGGGAUGGACGGUGAAGGCUCUGAGGAACAGAUGGAACAGUCUGACCUAACCUCACCAUUUGCCAACUACAUCAAGGGCCGGGCGUCGGACUUCAGCGAGCCCCUCAGGAUAGAGGAAGACACUAGCUGGGCCUCAGAACAGACGUCACAGGUCACAGAGGGCUCAGAGAUCCACGUUGAUAUGAUCAGCCAGCUGAAGGAAGCAGUGGAGAUGUUACAGGAUCCAGACAGGCUGAACCGUGAGCCCGCAGAACUGUCCGGAGUGCAGCUUUACCCGGUGGAAAUGGUCACGUCAGAUGAGUCACUCAAUGGGCAGGACAGUAUUGAUGGCCAACCCACAAUCAAGAGUCAAAGUUCUGAUGGAAGCCUUGAGUUCCAGAGGAAACGGGACUGUAUUCUAGAGAGGGCCAGGCUUGAGGCCCAACUUGCAUGCCAGCAGUUUGAAAAACAGGUGUCGCCCCAGGGAAAAGAGAAGAAUUCAACCAUGUCACCAUCAUCAAGCUCAGCGCCCUUUGGCCUCAGGCCCCGAUCCGCCCCUCCCUCGCCGGCUUGCUCCCCGCCCUGUCUCAGCCCCCUCACACAGGCCCUGUCCGCCGAUAGUGACCCCUCCCCCUGUAGCCCUGAUGAAGGAAGCGAGCAGAGCAGUGUGUUUCUGAGGAACUCUAAGAGCCUGGAGUCAUCAGACCCCCAGUUCACCAUGCGCCGCAAGAUGGAGCAGCUUCGCGAGGAGCUGGAGAUGAUGGGCCAGCUCAGGGAGAUUAUUGAGAGCAGACUGAAGAUGGUACUGUCCGAGGACCUGGGAGGUGCCCUAAUGGAUGGGGUGGUGCUGUGCCACCUGGCCAACUACGUCCACCCUCGCUCUGUUGCCAGCAUCCACAUUCCUUCGCCUGCCGUGCCCAAACUGAGCAUGGCCAAGUGUCGGAGGAAUGUAGAGAACUUCCUGGAAGCCUGCAGAAAGCUGGGCGUCCCUGAGGACAAGUUGUGUCUGCCCCAUCACAUUCUUGAGGAGAAAGGCUUGGGAAAAGUGUGCAUCACCGUCCAAGCUCUGGUGGACGAGACAUGCAUCAGACAGGCCCUGUUCACCUGAGAGCAUAACAGGCAGAGAUGCACAGGAAAAGUGUUUUACUGAAAUGCCUUUAGUCAAAGUGAAUUAAUGUGUGCUUCCGAAAACAUUUUUGCUUUUAAGGGACUGUAUUUUCCCCCCCCACAUAAUAGUAUAUUGGUAACAUGUUCAAGCACUCACUGUCAAUUGUUUCAGAUUUAACUUGGAUCUAGAGUGUAGUUUCUGGUAUAACAGAGAGAAAUGUCCUCUAUACUGGCCUCAUGUUUAUGACCAUAAUGAAUCCUGUAUAUUUCUCAGAUCUUCCUUAAUUAUAUUUAUAUUUAUUUAUUGUAAAUUCAUCCAACAAGAUGAAUGAUGUAGCUACUGUAUACAAUGUAAGAAACCCCUUUUUUUGUAGAAUACAAGUUAAUAUAUUUUGAUAGUUGUUUUUUUUUUCUGUGAGGUUAAAUGUUUUUAAUUCUUUUGGCCCCCAGCACGUAACAAUCUUUCAGAGAUGCUCAGACAUCAAGUACAGUGCUGUGAGAAAGUUAUGUUUUCGUUAGGAGUGGAUUUGCGUGCUUCUGGACUUAAACUACAGUGGUGUUGUGGUGUUCUGUUCAGGGGAGUGUGGGGAGGGGUAGUUGUUUGCAAAUAUUUUUUCUUAUUUUUAUGUCAUUGUGUCUAUGUGGGAUUACAUAUGUCAGGGUCUUUGUGUGUGUGUGUGUGUGUGUGUGUGAGAGAGAGAGAGAGAGAAAGAGAGGGUAAAGCAGGAGUUUGCACGUUAGUAUUUUAUUAGCUGGACCAGCCUACUGUUACUGUCCAAACAGCAGUCUAUGAGCAGCUGAAUAAAGUAGGUGGACAGGGAGUUCCCAUCUGACAUCCUACUCACAAAUCACUUAUCAAUGUUCAUGUUAAUGGUUUUGCGCAAUUUCUGCCAGGGUUUAUCAAAGUGCAUCCAGAGCCCGAUGCUGGCAUGUGUUCAGCAUAAACACAGCAUUAACAUGUGUAAAACUUUAAUCGCACAUCGACAUCACUGACAUGUCCAACACUACAUUUUGGCAGUAAGGGUCACAGGAUCACUAAUGAUUAGAACAGAGAGAAGGCCAUCGUCUGUGGUCCCAGCAACACGGUUCCCACAUCUCCCACCCUAAUACUAAUCCAGCCCAGCCCUGCUUAACUUCCGCAGUAAGACGGGACAUUCCUACAGGGUAGUACAGUACAGCUGCUUAAUUAAAACUACCCACCAUUUGCACAGAAUAUCUGGAAGUUUUGCGUGAGAUGGAAGAUACGUGUACCUCAGUUUGUGUGACCCAUGUGCGGGUGAGAGGGGGAAUUUUCAGUAACUGAUUGCUGCAUGUGCACAUAAUGUAUCUGUUUUUCCACAGAGACAGCAGACCAUUCAGAAAUAACGAGACUGCAGUAUGUGUGUGACAGAGAGUGAGAGCGCAUGUACAUGUCUGUGUGCUUGUACGCUUGUGGGGAAUUGGGGUGUGUGAUCUUACUGUGUAGAGAUGCUUAUAAAUAUAGCUUCAACCACUUUUGAGAUUCAGCAGCUAAUCUUUUCACAAAACUGAUUUGUUAGUUGCCAAAAAUAAAGAAAUAAAGAAACUUAUUUUUAAAUAACACUGAUAGGAGAGUAAAAAUCUAUUUACCUUUAUAGAACACACUGAAUAAGGCAUUGCUCAGUCCAUUGUGGAAAAGUAUGAGUUUUAAAAAAAACUAUACUAUAUGUUGAAAUAAUUAUCUAUGAUUUAGUUUAAAUGGAUAAUGGUGAAAUGGUCUUGUAAUGUGAUGAGGGUUUGUGCAAGUAGAUUGUUUUUAGAACAAAUUAUGUUCAUUUCAUUAUUACUAACUUGCACAUAAAUUCUUACAGCAUCACAAUUAUUACCACCUAUUUUUGCUGACAAUUUGGUCAUAGAUUUUGAAUCAGGUUUUACAAAACAGUCCAACAACAUUAAUCAAAGGGGUACAAUGUUAAUGUGCAUUUCCAUGUCAGUUCUAACAAAACCAGAAUUUCCACUGGCACCACCUAGUGUUGAAGCAAAGUACUGUCAUUACAUAUGAGGGAGUGUCUCGUAUACUCGGCCUCACAGAGAGAAUGACACUUCCACAUUCCCACAAUACAGGAGCCUCGCUAAUUAACAGCUAAAUACUCCAUAACAGUUUGGUAAAAUGUGCUUUGUUUAAAAGGCAAAAUAGUUCAGCGGUGGAGGAGGAAAAAGGUUGAGGGUAAGUGAGAGAGGUCACUAAGCUCGUCUCCCAAAAGCAGCCUCAGUCCUGCUUUUGGGAGAUGAGCUUCAUUCAAGCCGGAAGGAAUAAAAACACUAACUUAAAAGAGCUCAAUUAGAAAUGAUAUUUAUAGAAGGAUGUGUGUCCAAAACUGAUUAAGUACACUGUAGCAUAAUUCUGCCAAGAUGUUUUUUAUGAUUUAAAUAUUUUCAAUUUGAGCGCAGGCUUUUUGUUUGCAACCGUCUCGAGAAACACACUGACUCGUUUGGACAUUUUUGGAGCGCAAGGUUUAGUCAUUUUCUUAAAUGCAUUUUUCUUGUUUCAUGAGUUGCAUAAAUAUUAUAUUUGGACUGUGGAUCUUCAUAGGUGGAAUGAAUGUUAUUUUUUUAAAUUAAGGGUUUUAAAAUGUAUGCUUCAAUUGUAACUGUAAAAUAAAUACUGUUUGAUAUUUUGUUAUACAUUUUAUUCCUGUGACUUUUUUGUUUGUUUUAUAAGGACUUGUGAUUUAAAAUGCAUGUUCAUUCUUUGCCUUAAUGACUGUAAAUAACUGCAGAGGAAAUAUUAAUGUAACAGUAAAUCCAUUGUUUGUAUAAAGCGCAAA